CCCGCCUCGGCUCCCUGCGCCCUCCGGGGCAGUGCCGGGAAGGGCCUCCCGGGGCUGCGCCGGACUCGGCGGGUCGGGGAAUCGCGACGGGCUCGCUUUUGUUUGCGUUGUGGGGGUCUUUGUGCGUGUGCACCCCCGAAGCCGUGUCUGCAGAUAACUGCCCUCCGUGCACUUUGUGGGGUGUUCGCCUUCACCCCCUCCCUCGGGGCUGCUCAGAGGCCUGUCUCCUUUUUUCGGAGAAAGGAUGGAAGUGUAGGGUGUGGGAGUGCCCGUGCUGACCGGGUAAACAGGUCAUGGCACGCCUAACGAAGAGACGACAGGCAGAUACAAAAGCUAUCCAGCAUCUUUGGGCAGCUAUAGAAAUAAUCCGGAACCAGAAGCAAAUUGCUAACAUUGACCGUAUUACAAAGUAUAUGUCUCGAGUCCAUGGUAUGCAUCCAAAAGAAACCACACGUCAACUGAGUUUAGCAGUCAAGGAUGGGCUCAUUGUGGAAACCCUGACAGUGGGGUGUAAAGGGUCAAAAGCUGGUAUUGAACAAGAAGGAUAUUGGUUGCCAGGAGAUGAGAUUGCCUACGGUAUGCAGCCUUUUUCCCAGACAGCAGCAAAAAACAAGGACUGGGAAACAGAAAAUCAUGACUGGUAUUGUUUUGAAUGCCAUUUGCCUGGAGAGGUGUUGAUAUGUGACCUGUGUUUUCGUGUGUAUCAUUCCAAGUGUUUGUCUGAUGAGUUCAGGCUUAGAGACAGCAGUAGUCACUGGCAGUGCCCAGUUUGCAGGAGUAUCAAGAAGAAGAACACAAGUAAACAAGAGAUGAGCACAUACCUGCGAUUCAUAGUGUCUCGUAUGAAGGAGCGGGCUAUAGAUCUAAACAAGAAAGGGAAGGACAACAAACAUCCAAUGUAUCGAAGGCUGGUGCACUCAGCUGUUGAUGUUCCUACUAUACAGGAGAAAGUAAAUGAAGGAAAGUACAGGAGUUAUGAGGAGUUCAAAGCAGAUGCUCAACUGCUUCUACACAACACAGUGAUUUUCUAUGGAGCGGACAGUGAACAAGCUGAUAUAGCAAGGAUGCUUUACAAAGACACCUGCCAUGAACUGGAUGAACUGCAGCUUUGCAAGAACUGUUUCUAUUUGUCAAAUGCACGACCUGACAAUUGGUUCUGCUAUCCUUGUAUACCUAAUCACGAGUUGGUUUGGGCCAAAAUGAAAGGCUUUGGGUUUUGGCCAGCCAAAGUCAUGCAGAAAGAGGACAAUCAAGUUGAUGUUCGCUUUUUUGGCCAUCACCACCAAAGGGCCUGGAUCCCCUCUGAAAACAUUCAAGACAUCACAGUUAACAUCCACCGGCUGCACGUGAAACGCAGUAUGGGAUGGAAGAAGGCCUGUGAUGAACUGGAACUGCACCAGCGUUUUCUUCGUGAGGGGAGAUUCUGGAAAUCAAAGAAUGAGGACAAAGGGGAGGAGGAGGCAGAGUCGAGUAUCUCUUCCACUAGCAAUGAGCAACUGAAGGUUACUCAGGAACCAAGAGCAAAGAAAGGAAGACGUAACCAGAGUAUGGAACUCAAGAAAGAAGAGCCAGAACCUGAAACUGAAGCAGUAAGUUCAAGCCAGGAAAUUCCCACAAUGCCUCAGCCCAUUGAAAAAGUUUCAGUCUCAACUCAGACCAAGAAGUUAAGUGCCUCUUCUCCAAAAAUGCUGCAUCGGAGCACCCAGACCAGUAAUGAUGGAGUGUGUCAGAACAUGUGCCAUGAUAAAUACACCAAAAUCUUUAACGAUUUCAAGGACAGGAUGAAAGCUGAUCACAAAAGAGAAACUGAGAGAGUUGUGCGAGAGGCAGUGGAAAAGCUGCGUACAGAGAUGGAAGAAGAGAAAAGGCAGGCUGUAAAUAAAGCUGUGGCCAAUGCACAAGGAGAGAUGGACAGAAAAUGUAAGCAGGUAAAGGAGAAGUGCAAAGAAGAAUUUUUAGAAGAAAUUAAGAAACUAGCAGGUCAACACAAGCAACUGAUUUCCCAGACCAAGAAGAAGCAGUGGUGCUACAACUGUGAAGAGGAGGCCAUGUACCACUGCUGCUGGAACACUUCCUACUGCUCCAUCAAGUGUCAGCAGGAGCACUGGCAUGCCGAACACAAACGUACCUGCCGCAGGAAAAGAUGAAAGAGUUACUUCUCCCCUAGAGCGCCACCCCAAUGAUUGCUAUUCUCAGACAGAGCGGUUUUUGUUUCAGAAAAAAAAAAAUAAAAAAAGCCAAAAUUGUUUAGAAUUUGUUUCCCAUUUUGCACCAGCCUUUAAACACUUUUCGUAAAAGAAAUUUUGCACAGUUAUUUCAGUCUUCUGUUAAAAAUGCUCCUCCAAAAUGUUGUCAGCAAAAUUAAUUGAACAUCUGUGGGAGCAGGUUACUUCAAAUAAUUUUAAACUAGAGGAUUUAUUGCAUUUUCAGCAAAUUUUAAGACAUUUUUAGGUUUUGCAGGGAUUUUAAUCUUUAAAAACAGCAGAUCUAAAAACAAAAAAAUGAUGAAAGUUUAACAAAAAGGAACAUUUAAAAACUAGUUCUGAAUGUAAGAAGUACAGAACUGUUUCAGAAAAUCAAAGCAUACUACCUUGAUGUAACAUUUAUUUCUUAACCUUGUUGAGCUGGUUUUGUUCAGCUUAAUUUUACUGUUUAAAGGCAUUAUCUAUUGGUUAUACCAGUGGGUACAUGAUUGAAUUUAGGGAACAGGGUUAACACAGCAGGUGCUAGUCCUGCGUAUUUUUUCUUAAAUAUUUCCCAACUGUGUUUUAUUUUCAUUAUUUCUUUUCAAUAUAUAACUUUUAUAACAAAAUAUUAGCUUUGAUCUUGUAGCUUAAAAUCACAGGGAACUGGGGUAAUCUUUUACUGAGCUGGAUCUUAGAGAAAAAUGAAUAUUUAAAUUUUGAAGUUUGCACAUUUCGUCUUUGUUCUAACAUGAGUGCUUAUAACAAGAAUAAGAAAAGCCAAAAAAAAAUAAUAAAAAAAAACAACAGACAAACAAAAAAACCAACUACCUUUAUUCAUACUCGGAAUUUUGAGGCAUACAAAUUACUUUAUUGCGCCCCCCUUCAGCCUCCCCAAUUCAAUGUCCUUUGACCACCUCUGAUCUGGUGUCACCUGGUCCAUUGUAACUGAUAAUAAAAGGAGAAAAAGCACUUAAGUUUCACAGAAGCCGUUAUGUUUGUAGUAAUGGGUCAUUGCCUAAUAAUGAGCUCCAUCACUGUACUCAGAAUGAAGAAUAAUGCAUGUUAAUUUUCUUGUAUUAAAGAUGCCGUGAUUUGUAAAAAGUCUGUAUUUUGCGGAAUGUCUGGAUUAAGAAGCAUUACCAAUAGGAAUGGAUCGAUAGUUGAAAAAUUAUUUUCUUUUUUGUUUGUUUUAUAUAUAGAUAUAUUAAUUGCAUCCAUGUUCAGAGACAAUUUUUUAAAUAGAUGUAAAGCUUACUUAAAUAGCUUUUCUUUUAAAGUGUCUCCACAUCUUAGUUUCUUUCAAAGAUUGGUCUUAGACUGAGUCAUUUGCCCAUUAAUCAUCCAGCUAUUUUUUGAGGAGUUAGAGGAAUAAUUUGUAAAUAUUUAUUUAGAUCUUUGAUAUUUAUUGAAAGCAAUUACAUGAUGGAACGAUGGAAGCUGAAGAAUAAGGAGGAAAGCCUUUUAAAAAGUUUUCUCUAGGAUUUGUCAGGGUCAUUGUAAAGACAAAAAUAUAACUAAGACUUCUGUGAACUACCACUGAACUCCUGACCUUUUUUACUUACAGUGGUGAUAUAAGUUAAUUGACUAGAUACUGCCAAAUAAUGCCCAAUAUGUUGCAGAAAUUAAAUGGUAAGUUGAUUGGAAAAAAUAGUAAGUAGAUGGUAACUUGUAUUACCACAGCUACAUUAUUGCCUGAUAAAUGUGUAAUUAACUUUUGUCGCCUCUGUGUUGUGACUGUAAAACACUUCACAACUAAAAAUCAAUCUUGUUCGAUUACUUUACAAGUUCCAAAACUUCGAUCCACCCCUAUGAAAGCAAGUAUUGUGGAAAUAUUUUUGGUGUAAAAUCAUUCCAGAAUAUGUAAUAUUUAACUGAUAGCUGCAUGAAAGUAAGAUUCGUGUUACUUUGGCUUUUUUGUCUCUGUUGACACGGUUGCACAUUUCCAAGUUACUACAGCGUGAAAACUGUGUGUUUUAAAGAAAAAAAAAAAGAAAAAAAAACCACAAAAAGAACAAAAACAAAAAAAAGA